CGUGUAAACCACAACCCAUGGCUCUGGUGUAAACAAUAUCGCGUUUUUGGAGUGCCAAGUGUUUAUUAGCUAAUAAGCUAUUUAGCAAAGGGUUUUGAUUUCAAUCAUUUAACUGGCUAUAUUUGUCUUAUCUAAAUCGUUAUAUGUAGAACUUUUCACGGCAAUCUUGGAAAAAGUCUAGGUUUUCUUAUGUCAGUUAGCUAGCUAUAUAGCAAAAAUCUAGUAGCUAGCUAGUUCCAAGUUCUGAUAGCUAAGAUGUGGACACAACGACACUAAUACGACAAGACGGCAGCAAAGAAAACGAGUCAAGAUCUCAGUCUAUGGGCUCUCGGUACAGUUCUGGGAUGUCUGGUCGGGGUUUUCGAGGCAGCCCAAGCCAGUCAGAGCCAGAAGAGGAAGAUGAUGAAGACGUGUCUCAAGUUGUGACUUACCUACUUAGCAGGGGCCAGGUGCGCUUGAUCAGUGGAGGCGGAGCAACAGGGCUGCAGCUUGUCCAGUCAUAUCCAGACUCGGACGAUGACAGCGAUGGAGGCUGGGAGGCCGGCCACGGAAGCCUUUACAGUCCCACUGCGGACUUCCGACCAGACACUCGGGAUGUAGAUCAGAGUGAGAUCCGGACCCAGAUCCUCCAAGCCACUGCCUCCUCAGGGUCAAAGGGCAAACAAAGUUUUGCUCAAAUGCUGAAGAAGAGGGAGUGGGGCCGCUGUCUGGGUACCAGCUUCUCUCAUGGAGAAUGCAGCCAAAUUCGCUCACAUUUCCUACCCAAUCAGGUAACACACAAGGAGAUCUACCGGCAGAAGGCUUUCUGUGGGGUCUACAGUGAGGAUGGUGACACCUUCCUUUCAGCAUGCCAAGAUCAGAACAUCCGCCUUUAUGACACCAGCAGGGGGCGCUUUGCUCUGAAGUGUGCGGUGAAGGCGCGGGACAUGGGCUGGAGUGUGCUGGACGUCUGCUUCACCCCUGACUCGUGCUCUGUGCUGUACUCCAGCUGGUCUGACCACAUUCAUGUCUGUAAUGUAGACGGUGCCAGUGAGACCCACACUGCUCUGGAGCUAAAGCCGGAUGACAGAAGGUUUUGUGUGUUCUCUGUUGCCACAUCUUCAGAUGGGAACGAGGUCCUGGGUGGAGCGAACGACGGCUGUCUCUAUGUCUUUGAUCGCGAGCAGAACAAGAGAACGCUGAAGAUUUAUGCACACGAUGAUGACGUGAACACAGUGACAUUCGCUGACAGAUCGUCCCAGCUGUUGUUUUCUGGAGGCGACGACGCCUUGUGCAAGGUUUGGGACAGACGGACACUCAGAGAGGACAGACCGGAGCCUGUGGGGCAGCUGGCCGGCCACAGCGACGGCAUCACUUUCAUUCACAGCAAGGGUGAUGCUCGCUACCUCAUCAGUAACUCCAAAGACCAGUCCAUCAAGCUGUGGGACGUGCGACGUUUUUCCCCCGGGGAGGGCCUGGCAGCCUCCAGACUGGCUGUCACUCAGCAGACCUGGGACUAUCGCUGGCAGCAGGUGCCCCUGAAAGCCCUGAAGAGACACAAGCUGGCGGGAGACACGUCUGUGAUGACGUAUCGCGGCCACGGCGUGCUGAACACGCUCAUUCGCUGCCGCUUCUCCCCCGAGUUCAGCACCGGUCAGAAGUUCAUCUACACUGGCUGUUCCACAGGGAGAAUCAUCAUCUAUGAUGUGCUGACAGGCCGUGUCGUGUCCAGACUGUCUGCCCAUAGGGCCUGUGUGAGAGAUGUGAGCUGGCACCCCUAUCAGGACCGCAUCAUCAGCAGCUCUUGGGACAGAUCAGUGUGCAUAUGGGAGCACAGGCAGUCCCAUCUGUUGGACGAAGAGAGAGAGGGAUCAGGCACCUGACAGGAUGAAGGAGGGAAGCAAAUGAGCGAGAGAGAGAGAGCGAGAGAGAGAGAUCCUGAAAUAUGUCUGCUGGUUGUCGAAUGCUUGGCUGUAUUCUUCCUGUUAACUUCCCUUUCAGAGAAAGCCAUCAUGUGAGCAGGUUUAUAAUAAUAAAUCUACUACAAGCACAGCAUAGCUGGUUAAAACUCAAACCCCACACAAGUAAACAACUAAUGCAUUUAAAAAAUGGACUAUUCACUGAUUAUCAAAAUUAAUGUGACUAUUCCUGUUAUUUUGGACAAAACUGUAAAUGACACGCUUAAAUUCCAAAGAAUGCUAGAAUUGGUGAUUGGUAUUAGUAGAACUGCACACAUUUAGACAGUUUUUGAUAGCUAUAUUUCAUUAAUGAUGCUUUUCAAAAUGCUUUUAUAAGGGUUUAAAUUGUGAAUAUUUGAGUGUCUGUGAAGACAGGUUGUUGAAGGGGGUGUGACUAUAUUGGUGUAAAUAUAUUGGUUGAUGUGUGUGCAAGUGAAUGAAUGAGUAUUUUACAAUAAAUUCAAAGCUGACUUUG